AUGUCUUUUAUCCUCUGCCAAAACAGAGCUAUUCAUUCACUGAUAAUUAAAAAUCAUUCUUUCCCCUGCUUUUCUAUAAAAUCUAUCUAUCUAUCUAUCUCAGUCUGUUCAUAUCUAUCUAUCUAUCUCAGUCUGUUCAUAUCUAUCUAUCUAUCUAUCUAUCUAUCUAUCUAUCUAUCUAUUCUUAAUCUAUCUAUCUAUCUAUCUAUCUAUCUAUCUAUCUAUCUAUAUCAUUCGGAUCAAUCGGAUGAUUCUAUAUAUCUCCAACUCAUCUAUCUAUCUAUUCAUCUAUCUAUAACAGAUCUAUGUUCAUCUAUCUAUCUAUCAUCUAUCAUUCAUCUAUCUAUAUCUAUCUAUUCGGAUCAGAUAAUCUGUUCAUCUAUUCAUCUAUCUAUCUAUCUAUUAUCAAUAUAUUUUUUCACAUAUUCAUCUAUCUAUCUAUCUAUCUAUCUAUCUAUCUAUCUAUCUAUCUAUCUAUCUAUCUAUCUAUCUAUGUUCAUAUCUAACUCUCUUCAUAACAGAUAUAUCUCACCUCUAUCUAUCUAUCUCAUCUAUCUAUCUAUCUAUCUAUCUAUCUAUCUAUCUAUCUAUCUAUGUUAUCUAUCUAUCUAUAUAUAUCACUGUUCAUCCAUCUAUCUAUCAUCUAUCAUAUCUAUCUAUCUAUUCAUUCAUCUAACAUCUAUGUUGAUAUCUACCUCACACUGUUCAUUCAUCUAUCUAUCUAUCUAUCUAUCUAUCUAUCUAUCUAUCUAUCCAUCUAUGUUCAUAUCUAACUCUCUCUUCAUAACAGUUUAUCUAUCUAUCUAUCUAUCCAUAUCUAUCCAUCCAUCCAUCUAUCUAUCAUAUCACUAUAUAUCUAUCUAUCUAUCUAUCUAUCUAUCUAUCUAUCUAUCUAUCUAUCUAUCUAUGUUCAUAUCUAACUCUCUUCAUAACAGAUAUAUCUACCUCACACUGUUCAUCUAUCUAUCUAUCUAUCUAUCUAUCUAUCUAUCUAUCUAUCUAUCUAUCUAUCUAUGUUCAUAUCUAACUCUCUUCAUAACAGAUAUAUCUACAUCCACAUUCAUCUGUUUAUCUAUAUCUAUCUAUCAUAUCUAUCUAUCUAUAUCUAUCUAUCUAUCUAUCUAUCAUAUGUUCAUAUCUAACAUAUCUCUUCAUAACAGAUAUAUCUACCUCACACUGUUCAUCUAUCCAUCUAUCUAUCUAUCUAUCUAUCUAUCUAUCUAUCUAUCCAUCUAUCUAUCUAUCUAUCUAUCUACAUGA